ACCACCCGACCAGUCUUACUCUCUCUUAACAAAUAAUAUUGAGAUGGCAGACAAUUUUAAUUUGGUGAGUGUUCUGGGAGUCUUAUUGGUAUUAACCAUCUUCCAUAAUCCGAUCAUGGUCUACGCCGGCGAGGGUGUUUCCAACGUAGCGUUGUUCACUUUCGGAGACUCUUACUACGACGCCGGAAACAAAGUGUUUCUCAGCCAAAAAAAAGAUCUUCCACAAAUCUAUUGGCCUUACGGAAAAUCCCGCGACUACCCUAAUGGCAAGUUUUCCGACGGCCACAUCGUUCCCGAUUUUAUCGCUGAUUUCAUCUCUAUUCCGAAUGGAGUACUCCCACCGGCACUUAAACCGGGUGUUGAUAUUUCACGUGGAGUCAGCUUAGCCGUCGCCGAUGCUUCUAUUCUCGGAGCUCCAGCUGAAUCUAUGACACUAAAUCAACAAGUGGCUAAAUUCAAAACUAUGAAAUCUAAUUGGAACGACAGCUACAUCGGGAAAUCACUGUUUAUGAUAUACAUUGGUACGGAAGAUUAUUUGAAUUUCACCAAGACCAACCCCACGGCAGACGCUUCUGCUCAACAAGCUUUUGUCACUUCCGUUACUAACCGAUUAAAGAACGACAUCGGUUUGUUGUACUCUUUGGGAGCGAGUAAAUUCGUGGUUCAAUUGCUAGCACCAUUGGGAUGCUUACCGAUCGUGAGACAAGAAUACAAAACCGGCAACGACUGUUACGAGCCGCUCAAUGAUUUGGCCAAACAACACAACGAAAAAAUCGGUCCAAUGUUAAACCAAUUUGCUAAAUCUAGUACUAGCCCCAAUGGUUUUCAGUUCACCGUCUUCGAUUUCUACAACGCCGUUCUUCGUAGGAUUACGACAGGAAGAAAUCUUAACUACAGAUUGUACAUAACGAAUUCGUCCUGUUGCGGUGUUGGGACGCACAAUGCAUAUGGUUGCGGAAUGGGAAACGUGCACUCGAAGCUAUGUGAGUACCAAAGAUCUUACUUCUUCUUCGAUGGACGUCACAACACAGAGAAGGUUCAGGAGCAAUUGGCUCAUCUUCUAUAUGGAGCCGACCCUAGCGUGAUCCAGCCAAUGACGGUCCGUGAGCUAAUCGUCUACCCAACCGGAGAGAUUAUGCGUGAGUAUUGGGAACCUAACAAGUCUUCUAUUCGUCGUCGUCCAUCUGGUGACCCCUACCUCGGGUUCUCGGCCUUUGAAUGACUUUCGAUAUAUACGAGCGAUAUGUUGUAUUGAUAUCGCCGUACGUUACGUGGUAAUUCUGUUUACCACGAUCGAAUAAAGUUCUUUUGCAUAUCUUUUGUAUUCUGUUUCGUAACUUAAAAGAAAAUAGAACAAAAGAUAUUGC